AGAAAGAGAGAGAGAACAGACCGCACACACUGACGAGACGAUAACAACGACGACGCGACGCGAGGAUGAUGGUGUUGGAAUCUCGCCGCUGGGAAAGCUUCCGUGGUCACGUGCGUCGCGAUGCCAUGCGUAAAUUGACGCUGCGCGAUUACGGUGCUGUUUAUUGCGCGCCGUAAUGUGUAUAACUCGGUAGUGUCACGAGAUUUUCGGGGGCAGGUACAUGUCACGGCACUGCUGAUCCACGGCUGCGAUUCCCCCUUAUCUCACUUUAAUGGAUGGAGAGAAAGAUCGCCAGCAGAAGACAGGGACUUGGGGCAGGUUCCAACCGCGGAACAAUGCGCCGCCGGGUUCGCCGCCGCCCGUCGUAUCAGGGGAAGAAACUGAUUGGGAGGGUAUGUUCAACACGGAGAGGCAGAAGGGGGACCUCGGCGACAUGACAUUUCACAUGGCGAAUUAUCUGAAGGACGCGAUGAAGAUGAUGUUUAUGAUGCGCAGCCACCACAUGCUGACCGACGUGAUACUCGAGGUCGGCACCGAACUGUUCCACGCGCAUAAAGUCAUUUUGGCAGCAGCUAGUCCGUACUUUAAGGCGAUGUUCACGGGAGGACUGAAGGAGUGCGAGAUGACGAGGGUGAAGCUCCAGGGUGUCUGCCCGACGACGAUGGCGCGUUUAAUGUACUUCAUGUACACCGGUCAGAUCAGAGUUACUGAAAUUACAGUGUGUUCGCUGCUGUCAGCAGCUACCAUGUUCCAAGUCAGCAAUGUGAUAGACGCGUGUUGUGUAUUUCUGGAGAGGCAACUCGACCCCACGAACGCCAUCGGGAUCGCCAAUUUCGCCGAGCAGCACGGCUGCCAGGACCUCUACCACAAGGCGAAUCAAUUUAUCGUGCAGCACUUCAACCAGAUAUGCCAGGAGGAGGAGUUCCUGCAGCUGUCCGCCAUACAGCUGGUCACGCUCGUGCGGAAGGACGAGCUGAACGUGCAGGAGGAGCGAGAGGUCUACAACGCCGUGCUCAAGUGGGUCAAGUACAACGAGGAGGCGAGGCGGCCCAAGAUGGAGCACAUCCUGCACGCGGUGCGCUGUCAGUACCUCACGCCUAACUUCCUGCGCGAGCAGAUGAAGAACUGCGACGUGCUGAAGAAGGUGCCGGCGUGCCGCGAGUACCUGGCGCAGAUCUUCAAGGAUCUGACGUUGCACAAGAAGCCGGUCGUGAAGGAGCGGACGCCAAACACGCCGCGAGUGAUUUACAUCGCCGGCGGUUUCCUCAAGCAAUCGCUCGACGUCCUGGAGAGCUACAAUGCCGACGACAAAACGUGGUCGCAGCACGCUAAGAUGAGCGUCUCGAGGUCCGGUUUGGGUGGCGCGUUCCUCAAGGGGAUGUUCUACGCGGUCGGCGGCAGGCACUUCUCCUCACCGAGAAGCAGGUACGACAGUGACUGGGUAGACAGGUACAAUCCAGUGACGGAUCAGUGGCGACCGUGCAAUCCGAUGUCGGUGCCGAGAAACAGAGUCGGGGUUGCCGUGAUGGACGGCCUGCUGUACGCCGUGGGCGGCAGCGCCGGUGCCGAGUACCACAACAGCGUCGAAUGCUACGAUCCAGAUCUUGACACGUGGACCAGCGUGAAGCCGAUGCACAUCAAGAGAUUAGGCGUGGGAGUAGUGGUAGUAAACAGAUUGCUCUACGCUAUCGGCGGCUUUGACGGCAAGGACAGGCUCAGUUCAGUGGAGUGUUACCACCCCGAGAACGACGAGUGGACGAUGGUGUCGUCCAUGAAGUGCAGUCGCUCGGGUGCCGGAGUGGCUAGUCUAGGUCAGUACAUAUACGUUAUAGGCGGAUACGACGGGAACUCGCAGUUGAACUUGGUCGAGAGGUACGACACGGAGCACGACGUCUGGGAGAACGUAGGCAGUAUCAGCAUCGCCCGCAGCGCGCUCAGUGUCACCGUUCUCGACGGCAAAUUGUAUGCAAUGGGAGGAUACGACGGCGAGGCGUUUUUGAACAUAGUAGAAAUUUAUGAUCCGGCCAGGGACCAGUGGGCUGAAGCAGUGCCCAUGACGUCGGGGAGAUCCGGCCACGCCAGCGCGGUGUCGUACUAUCAGUGUCCCAUACACUGCGAUCACUUAGAUUACAAUAUCUCGUUGGAGAAACCGCCGUCGUGAUGACGCAACGCGGUGUGAAGCAACGCUCGAAGGCAACGGUAACCGAACGUCAUCCUUUCAUUCGCGAGGGGAGUGUACAAAGUGAAAAUGAGAUGGUCAUAAACAUGGAAGACGCCUGAUUAAGGACAAUCACGGGUGAUCGACGCGUAUCUGUGGAAAUAGACUGAGAUGUUACAUAAUAAUAGUUAGACGCGACAUGUGCAAUCGAACCGGACCAAGUUUCAUCGGCUAGAACAUUGCCACUAACUGAGAAAGGACGCAUUCUCAACAAGGCGGAGUAAACCUUUGUUUACUGCGACCUUUAGAGCUAUCGAAGGACCAAUUCACGUCGUAUACCAUUACAUUUUUAUAGUUUCAUUGCUUUUUAAUUGUAGACGACUCUGUAAUUAAUAUAAUGUACAUACUUACGUUGUAAGAAAAUUAUUUUUAAAC